AUGGAGUAUCUUUUUACUUUGCAAGGAUGCAGGAAAUGGCAACGCCUGAACCCUAACAUACAAGUUGGAUAUCUCGUUCUGCUCAAGGACCAGCAAGCUGAAAGAAUCGAGUGGCCUAUGGGACUUGUUGUAAAGAGCGCUCCUAGUGAUGACGAGUUUAAUCCAUCUGUAGUGUUGGCCUUUGUACCUGCAAGAAGCUGCCACUUACAGUUUAGUGGAGAUCAUGGUACAUUCUCCCCACCAAUAUUCAAUGGAAAUUUUGAGAUGUUUCUCCAUGUUUCCACCACACCCUAUCAUUAUCAAGCACAGCCUAUGAUGCCUCUGUUAUUUGACUCCUUAUUUGAGAUAACCUCUGAAAUUGAACACCAAGAUGUUGAUUUGAGGGGUUUCGAAAAAGACCUUGUCAAGUCAGUCAGAGAAAAGAUUAUAGAAAGGAUGGUUUAUUUUCCAAGUGGAGUGAACUCCCUCAUCCUGAAGGAAAUCAGAUGGAAAACUGUCUACAGAGUAACACUGAUGUUUUGGCUACACCUGAUUCAAGGAGGAAAAGAAAUGAGAAACUUUCUAAAAACUCAGCUAAAAGCUUUAGAAAGUUAUCCCCUUGGAUCAUCCAAUGCAAAACUUGUAUCCUUCACAGUGGAAGAUGUGAAUGAAUGUCAGCUUGGCAUGCAGAACUGCCAUAGUAAUGCUCAUUGUGUCAAUAUGGUUGGUUCUUAUUCAUGUUAUUGUAUGGAUGGAUAUGAGGACCACUCUCCUGCUGCUCCAGGGAUUGUGUGUACCUCUUCCAAGCCUGCAGAGAUACAUUCUCUUUCGGAACACCUGGAGAUUCUCAUUGGGGCUGUGGUCACUGCCUGCCGUUGCUGUGGUGCUUGUUGUCAUCAUCCUUUGUAUUGUCCAUCAAAAGAGACGAGUAAAAGUGAAUUUUGGCCUGCAAGACCCGCCAACAAGAGAGCGAGAACCACAUGCUUCAGGAGGUGA